GACGCUAACUUUGGCUAAAGGUCAGCUAAAGGCUACGCUGCUCUCUGACUAGCAUUGCGACAGCUAGCUUCUGUUACAUAACGGUACCGUUAUCUCAGCAGUUAGCAUGCUGUAGUAAACGGCUCCCUCUGUGAGGUGGAGGGAGCCAUUAUGGUAACGAUCCGUUAGGAAGCACCGGCUCGACCAGCAGCGGAAUAUCUAGUCCUCUAACACGGGGAAACUCUGGACAAUCAUGGCCUCCACGCCUCCACACAACUUCUCCUGGGUCGAUCCAAACAAAGUGGCCGGACUGGCCCUACCCAGGAUGCCAUGUGAAUACCGCUACCUGCUGGACAACGGCAUCAAACACCUGGUUUGCCUGUGUGAGAGAAAACCACCUCACCAUGACACGUGCCCAGAGUUGAAGCUGCACCACAUCAAGAUAGCGGACUUCACGUCUCCUUCACCGAGUCAGAUCGAAAGAUUUCUCUCCAUCGUGGAGCAGGCCAACGCCAAGGGGGAGGGUGUGGGAGUACACUGCAUGCAUGGACAUGGCAGAACAGGUACCAUGCUGGCCUGCUACCUGGUGAAGACGAGGAAGCUAUCCGGCAUCGACGCCAUCAAUGAGAUCCGCAGGCUGCGAUGGGGCUCGAUCGAAACUCACGAACAAGAGAAAGCUGUGGUGCAGUUUUAUCAGCGCACAAAGUAGCUUUCACACAGGGGCCGGGUCGCAGGGGCAGCAGGCUGAGCAAAGCACCCCAAACGUCCCUCUCCCCAGCAACGCUUUCCAGCGUUCCCAGGCCUGAUGGGAUAUGUAGUCCCUCCAGCGUGUUCUGGGUCUGCCCGGGGCCUCCUACCAGUGGGAUGUGCCUGGAACACCUCUAACAGGAGGCGCCCAGGAGGAUCCUGACCAGAUGCCCAAAACCACCUCAACUGACCCCUUUCAACAUGAAGGAGCAGCGUCUCUACUCGGAGCUCCCUCCAGAUGUCCGAGCUCCUCAGCCUAUCUCUAAGGCUGAGCCCAGACACCCCAUGGAGGAAACUCAUUUUGGCCGCUUUAUAUCUGCGAUCUCAUUCUUUCGGUCACUACCCAGAGCUCAUGACCAUAGGUGAGGGUUGGGACGUAGAUGGACCAGUAAAUCGAAAGCUUUGCCCUCUGGCUCAGCUCCCUCUUCACCACGACGGUCGGGCACAGGGCCUGCAUCACUGCAGAGGCCGCACCAAACGAAUGAUCCAUCUCAUUCUCCACUCUACUCUCACUCGUGAACACGACCCUGAGAUACAUGAACCCCCUUUCUUGAGGCAGUAACUCUCCCAACAUGGAGCUCACCAGCGAGCAUCUGGUGGCUGGGACUUGGGCCAUGGGGCCCGGGUGGGCUCAGCCCAAACAGAUAACAAAGAGCCGUCGCCCUGUGGGCUCAACACCCGCAGGGUCAGGAUUCAGGGUCUGGUGCAUUGGGUGCUGGGCGGCAGGCAGAGGCCAGGCCCUCAGCGUACUGAUCCCUGGCAUCGCGGAAUGGUCAUUUUGCGGGUGAAAUACUCCUUUAAGUCAUCAUUAGUAGAAUUGCUACAUAAGCUUGUUAGAUUCGACAGGAUUUAAAUGUUUUCAAGGUCCAGUGUGUAGGAUUCAGUGGCAUCUAACACUGAGAACUACGGUGGUUAAUCCUAUCCAGAACCAGUGUCUGGUUUGUCUGUUCUGGGCUACUGUAGAAACAACAUGGUGGACUCCAGUAAGAGGACCAGCUUCAUAUGUAGAUAUAAAUGAGUCACUCUAAGAUAACAAAAAACAAAACAAAUGAUCCUCAGUUUCUGGUGAUUAGAAGUGAAUGAAAAUAUAGUUAUAAAUAUUAUACACCAUUUCUGCUAAUAGAAGCCUCUGAAUCCUACAAACUGGACCUUUAAGUCAUCAUGAGUAGAAAUGCUACAUUAAUAGCUGCUUGUUAGAUUUGACUAAAUUUUAAACUCACUCUUUUGCUGCCAUGUUGUUAAAGUCCUGACUCCGUCCGCUUCCUCUUUGAUCUGCCAAAAACAUGGGAAUGUUGCAAUGUACAAUAAAAUGAAUAAUAUGUUUGAGCACAGACUCUUGUGAAUAAACUAAUAACAAAUUA